AUGAAAUCUCAUUAUCAAGUACGAAAACAUCGAUCCGGCUGUAUCGUAGGAAUUUUCCUACUCUUUCUCGGUUUAGUGUCAUCUCACGAAGUUAUAGCUUCGAAUUAUCAGAAUACACCAGAUGCCUCGACCUUAAAGAUCGAGGCGAAGGAAUCCGAGGCAUCGAUAAUUCUCGGGAAAGAUCUCGUUCUCGGUCCAUCUUUGUCGACGAAAGCACCGAUCGUUGUCAAUUCUAGCAAUUUCUACGACAUAGCGCCGACAAAGCUCGAUUCCUUUGGAACACCUACGAUUGUCGGCCGAGUGUCUUCCGGCGAACAUAGCGGAGGAAAUAUUCUUCGGAGAGCCGGUUCAAAGAAUACAGGUUCUCGAGGAUCUCAUAUCGUCGAUAGCCACCACUCGGCCAGUAAAGGCAGCUCGAAAGCUGCUUGGAAAAAAGACACCUAUCUUGAGGCACUGAGACACUCGCACAAUAGCAACGAUCCACGCGAGGGAAUCGUACAAGCAGAAUCCAAGACAACGGCAAAUAGGAGAGAGUACGUGCAGGAGCCUAUUUACAAGCAGGAAACGGAGUACGAUUCGCCCGGACCGACGUACCCGUCGAAGAGUCCGCGGAUUACUUACGGCGGGCCCAGCGAUUCUUACUCUCAAGCCUUCAAGCCGUCGGUGGACUACAACAGCAAUUCGUACGGGCCGCCGCGUGACGGACCCUCAUUCUAUCCUCCGACUUCUUCGUACGGACCGCCCGGAAAUUCCUAUUUGCAACCCCAACAAGGAUACGGUCCUUCCAUUCACACUUCCGCUCCAACCGCGGUCUACGGCGCGCCUUACUCACUUCCGGAUGUAUCUCACAUUCCCUUUCUGCCGAACAUCGAUCUAGGAUUGCCGUUCGCCCUCAAACUGAAUGCGUUCACUAUUGCAAAAAUUUUAUUGAAAUUAGUAAUUUUCAAGAUGAUCGUAAAAUUCAUCGCGAUAAUUUGUUUACUGCUUUUUAUACCGAAGCUCGAGAUCAUCAAGAAGAAGGUUUCUAAUAAAGACGACGACGACAAUGAAGAACGAAGUCUAUCAUCGCCUUAUGCCAGUUCAGAGAUGUUAAACAACCUCGAAGACGUAGUAAAAAGCUCCGUCGAAAAGUACGAGACGCAAAACAGUACUCAUUCGAAUUCAACGGAGAAAUGCACGACAUCCGCAUGUCGCAUCACCGAUGCACUCUCGUUCCACGAAUCUUGGAAUGAUUAUUUGAAUUUAUUCAAGAACUACAUGGAGGAAGAGAGGCACUUUACAAAACGGGAGGAACACUGA